UCUUCCGGUGGCGAUGGAUCCCGGGACCGUGUCUCUGUUUCAGAGAGUCUCAGAGAAGCUGGGGUGGGACCGAAACGGGGGUCUUGAUGAAGCUGAAGAGAAGCUGAGGAAGAGCUUGAGGAAGAGCCGGCGUCCAGCGCUGGGCAGCUUUAACACCGACGGCUCGGGCAAGGAGAAUCACACUCCGGAGGAACACCUGACUUCAGAUGAUGAUGACUUUGAUCAGUUUCUUGCUGCAAAGGCUACACCAAAAUCCACAUUAAAACAAUCUGCAUCAGCUGCCCAGAAGCCAAGAGAACCCAUUCCAGUUUUGUCUUCAGAUAGUGAUGAUGACUUUGAAAUAUUUUUAAAUCGAGUGAAAACCCCUCAGACUAAAGUCCGGUCUCAGUCGGUGAGCAGCAGUGAUGACCGUUUGAAACGCUUCAUAGUGGACAGCAUUUCAUCCGAUGAGGAUUUUGUCUCUGAGAGGAAGCCUUCCGUUAAUAAAGGGAAAGCCAGUGCUAGAACUCCUAAACCCGUCCAGAAGAGCGAGAAACGCCCCCCGCCCCGCUGCGAUGAUCCAGUGUUCCUGAGCGACAGCGAUGAGGACCGUAGCGCUGUGAUCCGGAGCACCUGGAGGACCCGACACCCCCGAGAGGACAAGCCUCAUGUCCCGGUGACUCCCAGCGCUGGAGACGACAGCGGCAGCUCCGAGGAGGAGUUCCAGUCGUUACUGGACCGGGUCCGGCAGAACCAGAGUCUCGCAGGCCGAGCCCAAGCCAGCCCGAGGACGCCUGCAGAACCCAAACCACGAGCUCCCUGUUUGUCGACCCCGUCUGCCGUGGGUAAGAGAGCUGGUACAGGAGUGCCAGUUACCCAGAGUCCCGUGAGCCGAACCGAGCCCAGAGCUCCUCCCAGCAGCAGAGCGCUGCUGUGUAAAACCCCCGGAUGCUUCCUGCAGUCUCUGGCUGAUCCGGGAUCCUCGUUCGGCCGCAGCUUCAGACAGAAGAAAGAGGAGCUGACCGCCAAACUCUUCCAGCUCUACAACUCCAGCGUGUUUGACAGUCAGCUUCCCACGGACAUGUCUGUCACAUGGAACAAGAAGAUGCGUAAGACAGCGGGGUAUUGCGUCUCGGGCCAGGAGCGCGGCACUGGGACACGAUACGCCCGUAUCGAGCUGUCCGACAAAGUGUGCGACUCCGCAGAUCGUCUACGGGACACGUUGGUGCAUGAGUUGUGUCACGCUGCCACGUGGCUGAUUAACGGCGUUCGUGACGGGCACGGGCCCUUCUGGAGGCUUUAUGCCCGUAAAGCAAUGCUGGCUCAUCCCGAGCUCCCGAUGGUGACCCGCUGCCACAGCUACGACAUCAACUACAAGUACCAGUAUCAGUGUAACCGCUGCGAGAACUCGAUCGGCCGCCACUCUAAGUCACUGGACACUACGAAGUUUGUGUGUGCUUUGUGCACCGGACAGCUGGUUUUGCUGACUCCCUCAAAGCCGCGGGCGCCAGCGCCCUUCGCCAGCUUCGUGAAGGAGAACUACAGCUCCGCCAGACAGCAGCUCGCAGGACAGGGUCACGCAGAGGUCAUGCGCAAACUCAGCGCCGACUUCGCCAGCAAGACACGUCUCAGUCAGAGCUGAUCUCUGAUCACACACACACACACACACACA